CAUGUGGGGGCGUCUGAGUGCUGUACGACAAGUUAGGCACCACACGGCAGCCUCAGCUCGCCCCCCUGCCUGGCCCUGCACUAGUUGAGGUCUGAGCGGCCCGGCAGCGAGGCGAGAGCAAGUAGGAGGAGCGCUGAGGGAAAAAGGACCAGAAGGGCGGGUUGUCUGGCGGAGUGACUGGCUGGCAAACCGUUCUUGGUGGAAACGUGAGAGGGAAAAAAAGAGACAGGCCAGUGAAAGAUAUUAGAGAAACUGUGAUAGCACAUAUUCACACAUUUAUUCUUUUGCAAUAAAUAUAAAUGGAAGUGAAUAGGAAAUAAUGUGACAAAGAAAAAUAUUAAUAUGUCACAGUGACCUUUAAUACCCAAUAGGAAAAAAAAGGAAAGAAAAGUAUUCACGUUAUAUACAAGGUAGUGGAGGAAAUUAAAUAGACAAAUAGUGAUAAAAAAAAGUAGCAAGGAAGGGAGCCGGGAAAUCAAGAGAUACAGUUGUGACUGAGAGGUGCCACAGGAGCCAGAAAGAUAUGGAUGCUCAACCUGCCACCACCACCACCACCACCACCACCACCACCACAACCCUAUGGAGGAGACUACUGCCCUUGUUUCUGCUCAUCCCUUCAGCGUGUGCCAUCCGCUGCUAUGAGUGUGUGCACAACAAUCAGCGGGUGAAGCGACACAACAGAUUUGUGUACCCGUGCUCAGAGUUUGAUGACUCCGAACGCUACAUCAUGGAUUGCCCGGACUCCAAAAUGUGCAUCUACCAGAGGAUAACACUGCCUCUUUCCUCAGGUAAGAUCCACGUUACCACCAUGGACGGCUGCACCCCUAACAUCACCAGCCAGGCACGGUAUGCUGAGGCUCGUCUAGUCAAGUCGGGGUGCAUCACACAACACAGCGCUGAGAGGCCCCCUUCCUCAGAAUACUGUUACUGUGACUACAACCUGUGUAAUACUGCAUCUUUGACCUCUGUGUCCCUGGUUGUGUCUAUGCUUCCUCUCUUAGCUGUAUCUUUUCAAUGGAUGCUACAGGAUACUUGAUGACUACAAUGUUGGUAACCUUAAGUAAAUAUCUGAAGAAAAUACCUAAGUUACUAUUUCUCUUGUUAUUUUAAAUGAAGGCUAUUAGUUUAAGGCUUCACAUGGACCAAAUACUAAAGUUACUCCUCCUUUUGUUGUGUCAAGAGAGGAGUAUCAUUGUAAAUAUUUCAUCUCUGCUUUGUUGUUCUACUUAAUUCCUGUCAUUAUACCCUGUCCAUCAUCUUCCUCAUUUGCACUUAAGUCUUAUCUCUAUGUGCUUUGAGUGAUGCGAAUCAUCAUAACACUUCAUCCUUGUUAUAUUGUUCUACUUAAGUUCCUUCCAUACUACUCAUGGUCAUUAUCUUCAUCACCAUCUAGAUUUAUGUCUCAUCUCUACAAGUCAUACAACAUUUAGUCCACUAAGAAUACCUGUGAAUGUUAAGUGUAAGAAGUAUCUAACAUUUUUGCUAUAUCUUUAAGCUGCUCACUGCCCUUAUUAAAAACUGGGAACAAUUUAAGUAACAAUACAAUUCCUAACAAUUUUGUAAUCCCUAUUAAAACAACCAGACCACAAACAUUUUAAAUUACAAUAUGAUUACUACACCUUUUUGUAAUCCAUCUUAUUAAAACAACCAGACCAGGAACUUUGUAAAUAACAUGAUUACUACUCCUUUUAGCAAUCCUUACCCAAAUAGCUACCACAGUGACAUAACAGAUAUGAGUAAUACUUUAGCAAUGCACUGGGCACUGAGCAAACAAACCACCUCCUUGGCAAGACUAACGCAGGAUUGGGACAAAGAACUAAUGUGAUAUGACAGUCAAGGCCGGCUAAACAUCCACUCAGGCCUUGGUGACAUGUGGCCUAAUUGGUAAUGUGUCAGAUUCACAUGUUUAUCUAGAGUGACCUGUCCAGAGUUCAAUCUCCAGUGACUGCCUCUCAGGGUUAGUGCAAUAUGCUGUCUUUGAUUAAUUCCUUUAGUGUUUCUAUGAUGCUUUAAAGAAGGAAUGACAGGGAUAAUGAUUGGGUGACUGACUGAUUUGGAGGUGCCAGGGAAAAGGGUUAAAUUAAUAAUGCCUCAAAGCCUUCACUGCUAUACAUAUUUUCCCUUUCAAUACCUGUAACUUAUGAGACACUAUUUUUAUGCUAAGUUCUUAUAAGUAUUUAGCAUAAAACAACAAAAUGAACCUGUUUUCUCUCUUUUCUCCCCUGUGUCUCUAUGCAAACCAUUUUCACAAUGCUAGGAAGGUUAAGGAAGGAUGACUGCGGCAAUGAGAGGCUUAAAAGAGGGGGUAUGACUGAUAAUGACUGACUGGUUAACUGACUCACUGAUUGUAACUCUCAUUGUUAUUUGGCACACCUUUCCUUAAUUACUGUCAGCUCUGAGGCAUCUUUUCAUGUUCCACAGCCACCUCUGGACACUGUACUGCCUAGAAAUUGCAAAACCUAUUUUCUUUUAUCCCUUUUUUCUUGAUGAUGCUUAUAAAGACACCAAACAUUGCUCUGAGCGUGUGAAUUGUUACAUAUCACAGGGAUGUGUAUAACUAAUACUGCCUCAAGGCUUUCAAUGAUGAUGUGAGGGCAAGUCAUUGAUACUUAAUGACUGACAGGUUAACUGACUGGCAUCAAGAUGCACUGGAAUUGGGUAAAGCCAGUGCUGUCUCAAGGCUUUCAUCACAUCACUACACAGCUUUAGGGGGAAAAAGUGGUCAUGCUAGUUUAGCCACUGGUUCUGGUCAAAAACAAACAGGUUACUUGUGUAGGCCAGGAGGUUAGUGGUGCAUGAUAAAAAUAAAUAAAUAAGCAAUCAUUAACUUGAAUAUUCCUCCCACUAAGGGACAUCUUAAUGCUGGAGGUUAGUGUGCCAUGACAAAUAUGUGAAUAAGUAAACAAGAACCCAUCCCGCCAUCGAGGGACUCCUUAAUGGUAAAGUUCAAAGAUUUGUGUACUGACUGUGAUAUUACUGAAUUCUUGUUGCAAUGAUGCUAUUUGUAAUGUGGUGUGAUGUACAAUAAACAAUGAAGAAUA